AUUAAUAGAUUAUUAUUAUUAUUAUUAUUAUUAUUAUUCCUGUUAAUGUUUUCUCUCUCUUCUCUCCAUGUUGUCUGCUCCAAACCUCUAAAAAGCAUCCAACUUGAAGUCCUGGAUUCACCCUUUAAGCUCCAAAUGCGCUUUCAAUCCAUAAUUUUCUCCAUUGCGAUCUCACAUUUCACCUAUUGAAUUCCCAUGCUCACUUCAUACUACUGUCUCACAACUUUCUACACUUAUAUAUGUAAUACGAUCGAGAUUAUCGCUUUCUUAGAUCCUCCGAAGUUGUUUCCUUUUUAUUUUUUCUUUCUUCAGAAUAAUAAUUUAGCGGCACGACUUAGAAGAACCCGUAUUCCUUUCGUUGGUAGUGUGAUCUGUAAACGCUUUGUUUCCAGCUAAAUAUUUUUCUUUUAGCGAGACAAAAAGUUACGUUUCUUAUGAAUUAAGUCUUAACAUUUCUUGUUUCAGCGAAAAGGGUAUCACUCUAGUCCCCAAAUCUGUAUUGGGUCAGCCUUAUUUUUGUCUCUAAACAUCUUCAUUUAUCAUUUUGGAAAAAGGGUUUCCAUAACUUUUUCAUCUUCAUUGACUCGUGAUUAUAAAUUAAGUCUGAUCAAUAUAUCUUCUUGAGGCGAUUUGGGUUUCUGGGUCAUUGAGUUUCAGUGAAGUUACGGGUUUGAGUCAUCCAUUGAUCGUUUUGAUGCUUUGAGCUAUUGAUAAGAUGCAGGCUGAUGAUAGAAGAAAGUCAACUGCAGAAGUGGACUUUUUCACUGAAUAUGGCGAGGGGAAUAGAUAUAGAAUAGAGGAAGUGAUUGGUAAAGGAAGCUAUGGAGUUGUUUGCUCUGCAUAUGAUACACAUACUGGAGAGAAGGUUGCAAUUAAAAAGAUUAAUGAUAUCUUUGAACAUGUAUCUGAUGCAACUCGAAUCCUUCGUGAGAUUAAACUUCUUAGACUUCUUCGUCACCCAGACAUUGUGGAGAUCAAGCACAUUUUAUUGCCUCCUUCAAGAAGAGAAUUCAAAGAUAUAUAUGUUGUGUUUGAACUCAUGGAAUCGGAUCUACACCAGGUCAUCAAAGCUAAUGAUGAUUUGACACCAGAACAUUAUCAGUUCUUUCUUUAUCAGCUUCUUCGAGGUCUCAAAUAUAUACACACAGCAAAUGUAUUUCACCGAGAUUUAAAGCCAAAGAAUAUUUUGGCAAACGCCGACUGCAAACUCAAGAUAUGUGAUUUUGGUCUUGCAAGAGUAGCUUUCAAUGAUACCCCCACAGCUAUAUUUUGGACAGACUAUGUAGCAACAAGAUGGUACAGGGCUCCUGAAUUGUGCGGAUCAUUUUUCUCAAAGUAUACACCAGCAAUAGAUAUAUGGAGCAUUGGGUGCAUAUUUGCAGAACUUUUGACUGGAAAACCUCUUUUUCCUGGCAAGAAUGUUGUACAUCAAUUGGAUCUGAUGACGGAUAUGCUGGGAACUCCUUCUGCUGAAGCAAUCGCCAGGGUAAGAAAUGAGAAAGCCCGGCGUUAUUUAAGCAGUAUGCGGAAGAAGAAGCAAAUUCCAUUCUCCCAUAAAUUCCCAAAUGCAGAUCCACUCGCUCUUCGUUUGUUAGAAAGAAUGUUGGCUUUUGAACCGAAGGAUCGGCCUUCUGCUGAAGAGGCUCUUGCUGAUCCCUAUUUUAAGGGCUUGGCUAAGGUUGAAAGGGAGCCUUCUGCACAACCAGUAACGAAGAUGGAAUUUGAAUUUGAGAGGCGAAGGAUUACAAAAGAAGAUGUGCGAGAGCUUAUUUACCGUGAGAUUCUUGAGUACCACCCAAAGAUGUUAAAGGAGUACUUGGAAGGAUCAGAGCCAACAAACUUCAUGUAUCCAAGUGCUGUUGACCAUUUUAAAAAGCAAUUUGCAUUUCUUGAGGAGCACUAUGGGAAGGGUGGAACGGUUGCUCCACUUGAGAGACAACAUGCAUCUCUACCAAGGGCAUGUGUAUUAUAUUCAGAUAAUUCAGUGCAAAAUUCAGCAGUAGUCACAGAUGACCUCGCUAAGUGUUCGAUCAAAGAAGUUGAGAAGCCACAACAAGUAGACAGAAGUAGUGGAAUUCCUGGCACUAGGCUUCCAAUUCAAGUUUCUCAAACCAUCCAAGGAGGAGCUGCAAGGCCUGGAAAAGUUGUGGGGUCAGUAUUACGACACAACAACGGUGGCACAGCUGUAGGUACAGAAGCUCUAGAACAACGCAGGACAGUCAAAAAUCCACCCGUUCCAACCCCAAACCCUGCAACAGGGGUUUCAUAUCCUCGAAGAAACCCUCCAAUCUGUAAAAAUGAGAGGGGAGAAGAUGAAGGAAUUGAAGGUUCAAACGGGCGAACAAAGCCGCAAUAUGUCAUGGCAAGAAAGGUUGCAGCUGCUCAAGGUGGAUCUGGCAGUCAAUGGUACUGACUUAGUGGAGGAUUGAUUCAUUCCUUUAGGUUUCAACUUCACAUAACCAAUGUACAAGGGUUGAAUCUUUUAACUGGUCUAAACUAAACUAUGAUGUUCAUCUACACCAUGUAGCCCAGAUAACUGUAUUUGCUAAUUUCAAGUGUAGGAAAGUUUAAAUGGAUCUUAUAUCUCUGUGGCCCGGUUUUGCUCUAUGUUUCGGAUUAGAGACACAGUUCAAUACAAAGGGCAAUGUGAGGAAAGGCUGAACUCUCCAAAUGACUAGCCUAGUUCUCUGUUUCAUUUUCACAUUCUUUGCAAUCUAACUAAUGUUAUUUUUUAGUAAAUACUUAUAUUGGUCACAACACCAGUGAUCAAACAAUGGUUGUACCCUUUACUCAAUAUUAUUAUUUUGUUUUUUAAGUCAA